GUUUCAUCUCAUUUCAUACACCCCGCCCGCGCAGCGACAAAGGCCAAGCAAACCCCGCACCAUAAAUCCCCUCGCCCUAGCUCCAAUUCGGCGCGCGAUCCGUCCUGCCCUCAGUCCCCCACCCCGAGAUCUCGCGAAACCCCACCAGCCCUCCCAUGGGGAAGCCGGCGGAGUACGAGGAGGACGAGGAGGAGGAGCUCUCCAGCUCCGGCGAAGCGGAGGAGCAGGAGCAGGAGGAGGAGGAGGGGUCGGGGGGAGGCGAGGAGGAGGCUGAGGAAGAGGAGGAGGAGGAGGGGGAGCAGGCGGAAGGGGGUGGCGAGGAGGAGGAGGUUGACGAGGAGGAGAUCGUGGCCGCCACCACGGGCGCCGGCGCCGAGGACGAGGAUGAGGAUGGAGCGGGCGGGGCGGAGGAGACGGAGUCUACCGACGACGACGACGCCGGCGCUGGGGAGGAGGCCGCAGAGGAAGGCGCCGACGAGUCUGAAGGCGCCACCGGAAAUGCUGAGGUUGGGAAACGGGAACGAGCCAAGCUCAGGGAAAUGCAAAAGCUCAAGAAGCAGAAGAUCCAGGAAAUACUGGAGACCCAAAAUGCUGCCAUUGAUGCUGACAUGAACAAGAAGGGGAAGGGACGGCUGAAAUACCUCUUGCAGCAGACUGAAAUAUUUGCUCAUUUUGCGAAAGGAAGCCAGUCUGCCGAGAAGAAGACCCGCGGAAGGGGCCGUCAUGCAUCAAAGGUGACAGAGGAGGAGGAAGAUGAAGAAUACCUCAAGGAGGAAGAUGGCCUUGAUAGCGCAGGAGGAACACGCCUGCUUGCACAACCAUCAUGCAUAAAUGGGAAGAUGAGAGAUUACCAGUUGGCUGGACUAAAUUGGCUCAUACGUUUGUAUGAAAACGGAAUCAAUGGGAUAUUGGCUGAUGAGAUGGGUCUUGGAAAAACUCUCCAAACUAUCUCACUGCUUGGAUAUCUGCAUGAGUUCAGAGGAAUAACUGGUCCUCACAUGGUAGUUGCACCGAAGUCUACUCUUGGCAACUGGAUGAAGGAAAUCGCACGUUUUUGCCCAAUUCUGCGUGCCGUCAAGUUCUUAGGAAACCCAGAAGAAAGGAAUCAUAUACGGGAAAAUUUGUUAGCUCCAGGGAAGUUCGAUGUCUGCGUUACUAGUUUUGAGAUGGCAAUAAAAGAAAAAACUGCAUUGAGGCGUUUUAGCUGGCGCUACAUUAUUAUUGAUGAAGCUCAUCGAAUAAAAAAUGAGAACUCCCUUCUCUCUAAGACUAUGAGGCUUUUCAGUACCAAUUACCGUCUGCUCAUUACAGGCACCCCACUACAGAAUAAUCUUCAUGAGCUUUGGUCUCUUCUCAACUUCUUGUUGCCAGAAAUAUUUAGCUCUGCAGAGACUUUUGAUGAAUGGUUCCAAAUCUCAGGGGAGAAUGAUCAACACGAGGUUGUUCAGCAGCUUCAUAAGGUUUUACGUCCAUUUCUCCUUCGGAGGCUUAAAUCUGAUGUUGAGAAAGGUUUACCUCCAAAGAAGGAGACUAUACUUAAAGUUGGAAUGUCUGAGAUGCAAAAACAAUAUUACCGUGCUCUGCUUCAGAAGGAUCUGGAAGUUAUUAAUGCUGGCGGCGAGCGCAAGCGUCUUCUUAACAUCGCCAUGCAACUUCGCAAGUGCUGCAACCAUCCAUACUUAUUCCAAGGCGCUGAGCCUGGCCCACCUUAUACAACUGGGGACCAUCUGAUUGAGAAUGCAGGAAAAAUGGUUCUGUUAGAUAAAUUGCUUCCCAAGCUAAAGGCCCGUGACUCCAGAGUACUAAUAUUCUCCCAGAUGACCCGGCUUUUGGAUAUCUUGGAAGAUUAUCUGAUGUAUAGAGGGUAUCAGUAUUGCCGGAUUGAUGGGAAUACUGGUGGCGAUGACCGUGACGCUUCCAUUGAAGCUUUCAACAAGCCUGGGAGUGAAAAAUUUGUUUUCUUGCUUUCAACUAGGGCAGGUGGUCUUGGGAUCAAUCUCGCCACUGCUGACAUUGUGGUUCUUUAUGAUAGUGACUGGAAUCCUCAAGUGGAUUUACAAGCUCAAGAUCGUGCACAUAGAAUUGGCCAAAAGAAAGAAGUUCAAGUCUUCCGUUUUUGCACUGAGUAUACUAUUGAGGAAAAGGUAAUCGAGAGAGCGUAUAAGAAGCUUGCUUUAGAUGCUUUGGUUAUACAGCAAGGUCGAUUGGCAGAACAGAAAGCUGUCAAUAAGGAUGAGCUGUUGCAAAUGGUGAGGUUUGGUGCUGAAAUGGUAUUCAGUUCCAAGGAUAGCACAAUAACAGAUGAAGAUAUUGACCGCAUUAUCGCUAGAGGAGAAGAGGCAACAGCACAGCUUGAUGCAAAAAUGAAGAAAUUCACAGAAGAUGCCAUCAAGUUUAAAAUGGAUGACACUGCUGAACUGUACGAUUUUGAUGACGAAAAGGAUGAAGACAAGCCUGACUUCAAAAAGCUAGUGAGCGAUAACUGGAUAGAACCUCCUAGACGAGAAAGGAAGCGGAACUACUCUGAGUCUGAAUAUUUUAAGCAAGCGCUUCGUCAAGGUGCACCAGCAAAACCUAGGGAACCAAGAAUUCCCCGAAUGCCAAACUUGCAUGAUUUCCAGUUCUUCAACACCCAAAGGCUAAAUGAAUUGUAUGAAAAGGAAGUCAAACAUCUUGUGCAAGCGAAUCAGAAAAAAGAUACAAUCGGUGAUGGUGAUGAUGAAGAUCAACUGGAACCUCUGAAUGAGGAGGAGCAAGAAGAGAAGGAGCAGCUACUCGAAGAGGGUUUUUCAACAUGGACGAGGAGGGACUUCAACACAUUCAUUCGAGCUUGUGAGAAAUAUGGCCGUGACGACAUAAAGAAUAUAUCCUCUGAAAUGGAGGGGAAAACAGAGGAGGAAGUUCAGCGGUAUGCUGAAGUUUUCAAGGAAAGAUACACAGAAUUGAAUGAUUAUGACCGAAUUAUCAAGAACAUCGAGAGAGGAGAAUCAAGGAUCUCUCGUAAGGAUGAGAUUAUGAAAUCCAUUGCGAAAAAGUUGGACCGCUACAAGAACCCAUGGUUGGAGUUAAAAAUUCAGUAUGGCCAGAACAAAGGGAAGUUGUACAACGAAGAAUGUGACCGUUUCAUGUUAUGCAUGGUGCACAAACUCGGCUAUGGAAACUGGGAAGAACUGAAGACGGCCUUCCGCAUGUCUCCCUUGUUCCGUUUUGAUUGGUUUGUGAAGUCCAGAACUGCCCAUGAGCUGUCUAGAAGGUGCGACACUCUCAUUCGUCUAGUGGAGAAGGAGAACCAAGAGUAUGAUGAGCAUGAGAGACAGUCCAGGAAAGAAAAGAAGAACAUGGCAUCAUCAUCAAAGCGUGCUUCGACAAGUGGUGCAGAAUUUGACUCUCCCAUCCAGAGCACUUCCAAGAGGGGUCGCCGAGAUGGCAGUGCAGCCUCUUCAAGGAGAAGGCGGCGGUGAUAAGUUGUUCCAGGGGAGCAAACUCAUUUGGAGGCUGGCAACAAACCGAAGCCCCAGACCCAGUCGUGCCCCCAUCAUCUUAUCCAGCGCGUUGUACCACCUCAAGUUUGAACUAAGGAAACUUUGUAGUUCUGAAUUCUAAAUUAUUUAGGUUCCAGUGACAUGGUUAACUUUGUACCUGUUAAAAAGCCACCGAAUGUAUAUGAAGGAUGUGUUAGAUUAUUGAUCUAUCUAAAUUUCCAGUGACUAGAGUGCACUUUUGCUUGUUCAUUGACACUGCCGAGGAUCCUGGCACCUGGCCAAUGCAUAGUGUCCAACAA